UUUUGCCGGCGUUGGGUUCUGAUAUUUCCGACAGCACCUGACAUACCCACCAGCUGGAGUCAUCCUGCAGUUGAAGUGAUCCUCCGGACCUCCACCGUCUUUCAUCACCGAGACUCUGACACCUUCAGCCGGCCAUGGCGCUCCGAAACUUCUUCGUGGGAGGAAACUGGAAGAUGAACGGGAACAAGGAGAGUCUGGAGGAGGCUUCAGCCACCCUGAACACCGCCAGCCUGCACGACCAGACCGAGGUGGUGUGCGGAGCUCCCUCCAUCUACCUGGACUUCGCUCGCUCCAGUCUGGAUCUCAGGAUCGGUGUCGCGGCCCAGAACUGUUACAAGGUGGCCAAGGGAGCGUUUACAGGGGAGAUCAGUCCGGCCAUGAUUAAGGACUGCGGGGCAGACUGGGUGAUACUGGGACACUCUGAGCGCCGCCACGUCUUUGGGGAAAGUGACGAGCUGAUUGGUCAGAAGGUGGCUCACGCUCUGGAAAGUGAUCUGAGUGUGAUCGCCUGCAUCGGGGAGAAGCUGGAGGAGCGGGAGGCAGGCACCACCGAAGAAGUCGUCUACACUCAGACGCAGGUCAUUGCAGAGAAUGUGAAGGACUGGGGGAAAGUGGUGCUGGCAUAUGAACCUGUGUGGGCCAUCGGCACAGGCAAGACAGCUUCACCUGAACAGGCUCAGGAGGUCCAUGAGAAGUUGAGGGCGUGGCUCCGAGCCAACGUCUCAGACGAUGUGGCCGACUCUGUGCGCAUCAUCUACGGAGGCUCAGUAACAGCAGCUAACUGCAGAGAGCUGGCAUCUCAGGGCGACGUGGACGGCUUCCUGGUGGGCGGAGCCUCUCUGAAACCAGAGUUUGUCGACAUCAUCAACGCACGUGCGUAACGGCUUCGUCUUGACCCGUGAAAAACACCAGGCCCUUUAGAUGUGUCCUCAACCUGAGCUGACUGAUCCACAGACGCGUGUCGAAUUAGAGAACGUUUUAUUUUUGCUCAUUUUGUUGAAUGAGGUAAAUAUAAGGUGGUAGAAUUAAUAAGUAAAUAUCUGUUUGUUUUUUGUGUGUUUUGCUGUCAUUUGUGGGAAUGUGGCUCUUUAAUUUACUUCUCUACAGUAUAGAGUUGUUUUGAAGUGGUCUCAAUAACACUGUUGUAAUGUUGUAUUCAUGAUGCACUCUCUCACCCAAAUGCACUUAAUGUUACUUCAGGGCCCUUGACAACAAAAGCUCUGGACAGAAUGUAA